AUUUAAAUUCAUAAGAAUCGUAAUCGUAAAUCUUUAUCCUAUAAAUUUGCCACUUCCAAUCUUCAAAUCCUGAACACUCUGCCAAACCAAUUCCACUUCAUAUCUGCAGCCAUGGCAGAUGUGGAAACAGCUUCUGGUCAACCAAAAAAGAGAACGUUCAAGAAGUUCAGCUUCAGAGGGGUUGAUUUGGACGCUCUUUUGGACAUGUCCACUGAUGAGCUCGUAAAGCUGUUCAAUGCGCGUGCUCCCAGAAGGUUUCGGAGAGGCUUGAAGAGAAAGCCUAUGGCUUUGAUCAAGAAAUUCCGCAAGGCGAAACGGGAGGCACCACCUGGUGAGAAGCCUGAGCCAGUGAGGACUCACCUUCGCAACAUGAUCAUAGUACCUGAAAUGAUUGGAAGUAUUGUUGGUGUUUACAACGGCAAAACCUUUAAUCAGGUUGAGAUUAAACCAGAAAUGAUUGGCCAUUACCUUGCUGAGUUCUCAAUCUCCUACAAGCCAGUCAGGCAUGGAAGGCCAGGUAUUGGUGCUACCCACUCUUCUAGGUUCAUUCCCCUCAAGUGAAGUUAGAUUUUGGAAUUUUCUUUUUGAGCUCUUCAUCUACUUUUAACAGAGUAUUCAUAAAUGGGAUUUUGUUGGUUUUACAUUUUGCUUAGAACUAGUCGCUAUUCUUUUAAUUUGCCAUUAUUCCUUAUUGAUAAAUUAAAAAAAAAAAAUUUAAUAAUUUAUCUGAGAUAAUGGUUCAUGAUUUUUCUGACUGUUUA